AUGCACUUCUCCCCUCAGGUUCUAGCUGUUUCCUUCUGCAUCUUCCUGGUAGUUUCCUCUGUCCGCCUGGCCUUUCUGCGAUUCUGUUCUCGCCAGGGUAUUCCUGAUACAAUUCCAUGGGCCGGCGUGCACGAGGGGCGCUAUACUUGGCUGUCGCGUGCCCGAGCAACCUUGCAAAGUCUUGGUGGCUCUCGUACUCUCUUAGACGAGGCUUAUGAAAAGUAUUCCAAAAAUGGUCUCCCUUUUGUCCUGCCCAAUAUCUUCACCGGCCCGGAACUCAUUCUCCCGCAAUCGGAAAUGGGAUGGCUGAUACAGCAAUCCGACGAGGUGCUCGACCAGAAUGAGGUCAACCGAGACUUCCUCCAAGCCGAUCACACAAUGCUACACCCAAUGGUCAUUUCUGAUGCAGUCCACGGAGAUGUCAUCAAGAACGAGCUGAACCGUCGCCUCGGAGGUUUUACGGAAGCCGUCAACGAUGAGCUUGAUUUCGCCAUGCGUAAAUCAUUUGGAGUUGACACCGAGAAGUGGAACGAGAUUGUGGUUUACGAUGUCAUGUCCGAGAUCAUCACCCGCAUAUCCAACCGAGUACUGGUUGGCUCUGAACUUUGUCGCGAUGAGGAAUACCUCUACAAUUCAUCCAGGUUCAACCGUUGGGUUGUGCUCUUGGCCGCUUGUAUUAGUCUCUUUCCUCAGUGUUUGAAGCGAAUUGUCGGCCAAAUUGUCACAUACUCCAACUACCAACUAUACCUGAACAUGACAAAGUUUAUCCUUCCAAUAUGGAAACGACAAACCUCCUUAUGCUCUGAAGCCAGCCCUAAGGAGAACAAUUACGUCCAAUGGUCCUUGGAUCACGCGAAAACCGAGGCUGAACGAGGUUCGGACAUGAUUACCAAACGCCUCGCUGCACUUAGCUUCGCAGCCAUUCAAUCCUCAGUCGUCACUUCCGCCAACCUCCUUUUCGAUUUAGCAGCUUCCCCUCUCACCCCAAUGUACCUACAGACCGCUCGGGACGACGUUUCUACCCACCUCGAAGCUGAACAUGGCAGAUGGACCAAAGCUGCGCUCUCUCGUAUGUUGACGCUCGACAGUAUUCUCCGAGAGAGUAUGCGAUUAUGGGGGUUCGUCAGCCGGGGAGUCCUCAAGACAGUCAUCGUGAAGAAAGGUAUCUACUUGCCCGACGGAACCCACAUCCCUUGCCGCACAAAGAUUGGCAUCCACGCAUACCCUCUUCAUCACGACGCCGACUACUACCCGAACCCAACCGAAUUCGAUGGUCUCCGAUUCUGCAAGCCGCCUACUAACAAGGACGGAACAUCUGACAGCCACCCCGAGAAUAUGCUUGGAAAGGAAAAAGGCAUCCCGCUUGUGACAACCAGUGCAACCUUUAUGGGCUUCUCUCACGGAAAACACGCUUGUCCUGGACGGUUCUUUGCGUCCCAGCAGCUCAAGCUGGUCCUCGCUUACAUUGCGCUCAACUACGAUAUCAAGCCCAUUGAACGCCGGCCAGACAACAACUGGUUUGUCGGAAGUCAGGCCCCUCCUCUGGGAGACAAAAUCAGCAUCCGCCGCCGCCACGGUACCGUCUGA